UAAUAUUAAAUUAAUUUACAUCAUGGAGUAAGUAGGGACGUCAAGAUUCAAUUCAUUAUUUAAAUUCAAAAUGUCAUUAUAAGUAACAGCUUUGUUAUGAUAGAUUAUUUCAUAAUGAAUUUUAUAAUGAUAAUUUAUAUCUUAUUGAUAUUGUUCUUUCGCACUAAUACAUGAUAUAUUAUUACAUAACAUUAGUACAUAAUAUAUUAUAUUAAUAAUACAUAAUAAUAUUUAAUCCGGAAGCGCUCCGAACAUUGAUGACAUCGAUCAUGACGGAUUGGAUGACUUCGAAGAAUCAUGAACGAAAUACAAUGUUGAAUCUCGCGAGAUGUGGUAGAAGCCUGUCCAUUAAAUGUUACAUGGCUUCAACGUGUACAGUUUUGUUUUAUUUAUUUCUAAACCUCAUGAAGUUUUAUCGAAGUAUGCACGAACCUCAACGGAAUCUCGUGUAUCAUUCCUAUCCUUACAACAUUCAAAAAAGCCCAAAUUACGAAAUCACUUAUUUUAUUCAACUAUUCGGCGGUAUAUACACAGCCAUGAUCAUGAGUACUAUCGAUAGUUUCAUCUCAAUACUCUUGUUGCACAUAUGUGCGCAGUUGAUAAAUCUACGGAUGGCACUCAAAAAUCUAGUUGAUGAGCUAGCCAAAGAAUCUAUAUCCUCUUCGGAAUUUAAGAAAGGUCUAGCUGCGAUCGUUGUACGCCACGAACAUCUUAUCAGGUACGCAAAGAAAUAUUGGAUUUUAUUUAACACUAUAAAAUAUUUUUAAACG